AGUUUUUGCUUCCAAAAGGGAAGACUUUUUACUCUCUUAAAAAUCAAAAUGCUCCGGAUUCCCUCCCUGUACCGACGAGCUCUCCUUGAUGCCUGUCCCUCUCCACUUUCGCCUCUCCUCUCUCUGCAAGUCUUUGCCUUUUUGGUUCCUCAUAUCCUGUACCCUACAGGUGCAAUUUAAAGUUGUCGUUUUCCUUGGUUUAGUCAAAAUCUACCAAACCACAUUGUUCACUUCCAAAAGAGUGGCCUAUUUAUGUACAGCUAUGUUUGUUGGACGCCUUCACUACCUGAGUUUCACAUUUGGCCCUCAAAGUUUGAAUUUUGAAGCUGGUUUGUGUUUGUAGUUUUGGACUGGAAGUGGGCUUUGUGUUGUUGUCUGGAACUGAGUUUGGUAUAGCCAAGGUAAGGAACUCCGAGUUGCAAAUUUCUCUAUAAUGGGGACGAUGACCAAAUCUUCUACACUGCCCAUCCCUCAUGAAGCUUCUAACUUUGAUGAGGUUUCAAUGCAUCAGAGCUUGCUUUUCUCUGAUAGUCUCCAGGAUCUGAAAAAUUUGAGGACACAGUUGUACUCGGCAGCUGAGUAUUUUGAACUAUCAUACACCAAUGAUGAUCAAAAACAAUUAGUGAUAGAAACAUUAAAAGAGUAUGCUAUUAAAGCUAUUGUGAAUACCGUGGACCAUUUGGGUUCUGUGACAUAUAAGGUUAAUGAUCUUUUGGAUGAGAAGGUUGAUGAAGUUUCUGGAACAGAGCUCCGUGUGUCUUGCAUUGAGCAGAGACUAAGGACAUGCAAAGAGUAUAUUGAUCACGAGGGCCUUUCUCAACAGUCAUUGGUGAUAAAUACGCCUAAAUACCACAAGCGGUACAUCUUGCCAGUUGGGGAGACUAUGCGUGGUGCCAACCGAACGAAAUCAAAGUAUCAGGGUUGCAGCCUGGAUGAUGAAGAUGACUGGCAUCAAUUUAGGAAUGCUGUUCGAGCUACAAUUACAGAAACCCCAACAUCUACAACUAGUAGAGGGCGUUCCCCUUCCCCUUCUCCACGAAUAUCACAACGAUCUGCAAUUUUUUCCUUUACUGCUACCAUGCCCAAAAAAGAAUUAGAUAAGAGAACGGUAUCACCAUAUCGGUUUCCACUUUUACGGUCUGGAUCUUUUUCAAGUAGGCCUAUGACCCCAAAUUCAGUGCGGCCCACUACUCCAAACUCCAGUACACCAACCACUCCAAAUUCUAAUGCAAGACGAAGGUACCCUUCGGAGCCACGAAAAUCAGCUUCAAUGCGGUUACCUGCAGAAAGAGAAAAUGGCAAAGACGUUGAACAAUACCCAAGUAAAAGUAAACGUCUCCUGAAAGCAUUGCUCAGUCGACGCAAGUCAAAGAAAGAUGACAUGCUAUACACUUACUUGGACGAAUACUGAAAAAUAGAAUAAAAUGCUCUAAAAAGAAAAGCCAUGGGAGCAGGGCUUCGGACCAGAGACUUUGGUUUCAGUUUUGCCCUUUUCUUUGAUACUGGUUUAGUACUUUUUCUACUUCUGAGUGGUAGAUUUAUACGGUAAAGUAUUUCUCUUGUUUUUUUCCCUCUUUCAAUAUAUUGUAUUUUACUUUUGUAACUCUCAAGCAAAUCCAUUGGUCAUAUGAUGUACCAUUCUGAGCUACCUUUUAGUAAUGUAUUUGAUCAUAAUAUUAUUUAGGACAUUUUCUUUCUA